CCACAGGUCGGGGUCAUGGCUCCCCGAACCCUGUUUCUGCUGCUCUCGGGGGUGCUGACCCUUAGCGAGACCUGGGCAGGCUCCCACUCUCUGAGGUAUUUCGACACCGCGGUGUCCCGGCCCGGCCUCCAGGAGCCCCGCUUCAUCUCCGUGGGCUACGUGGACCACACGCAGUUCCUUCGCUUCCACAGCGACUCCGGGACGACGCCGAGGGCAGAGCCGCGGGUGCAGUGGAUGAAGCAGUUGGGGCCGGAUUAUUGGGACCGGGAGACCAGGAAGGCUAAGGACGCUGCUCAGAUUUACUGGGGCAGCUUGAACAACUUACGAGUUUACUACAACCAGAGCGAGGGAGGCUCUCACACCCUCCAGAUCUCUUCUGGUUGCGACCUGGAGGCUGAAGGCCGCCUGCUCCGCGGGUACCGUCAGUCAGCCUACGACGGCACGGAUUACAUAGCCCUGAACGAGGACAUGAGCUCCUGGACUGCAGCGAACUCGGUGGCUCAGGCCACCCAGCGCAAGUGGGAGGCGGCUGGUGCCUCCGAGCCAUGGAGAGCCUACCUGGAGGGCCCUUGCGUGGAGUGGCUUGGCAAAUACCUGGAGAACGGGAAGGAGACGUUGCUGCGCACAGAUCCCCCAAAGACAUAUAUGACCCACCACCCCAGACCUGAAGGAAUUGUCACUCUGAGGUGCUGGGCCAUGGGCUUCUACCCGAAGGAGAUCACCUUGAUUUGGCAGAGGGAUGGGGAAGAUCACACCCAGGACAUGGAACUUGUGGAGACCAGGCCUGCAGGGGAUGGAACUUUCCAGAAGUGGGCAGCUGUUGUGGUGCCUGCUGGGGAGGAGCAUAAGUACACAUGCCAUGUGCAUCAUGAGGGGCUGCCUGAGCCCCGCACCCUGAGAUGGGAGCCACGUCCUCAGCUCAUCAUCUGCGUUGUGGGAAUCAUUGCUGGCCUGGUUGUCCUUGGAGCUGUGGUUGCUAUUGCAAUUUGGUUGAAGAUGAACCACAGAAGGGAAGAGGAGUGUAGUGACAUUGCCCAGGGCUCUAACGUGUUUCUCAUGGCUUGUAAAGCAUGGGACAGCUGCCUGUGUGGGAUUGAGCGACAUAAGACUUGUUCAGGCCUCCUCUUUGUGACUUGAAGAACCUUGGAUCUCUUUCUGCAGAGGUAUCUAAAUGUGCCCACAUUCCUACUGGCAUAAUGUGAGGAGGUGGGGAGACCAGCACACUCCUUCCCACCAGGAUUCCUUUUACCACACUGACCUGUGUUCUCUUUCACAAUCAACCUUCUUAUUCAGCAGGCAGGGCUAGGUUGUCUCCAUCCCUGUCUCCACGUCAUGGUGCCCUGAGCUACAGCUUUUUAACUUCUGUAGUAAAAAUAAGACCUGAGCAUAAAUUUAUUUUUUCAAAUUA